CCAUAUGGAAAAUAUUCACGAAGAAGAGAUGGAUGAGGUAGAAGAUACUCGAGAAGAAGAUAUAGAAGAUAUCCAUGAAGAUGAAAUGGAAGAUUUAGAAGAUAUCGAUGAAGAAGUUGUACUUAAUGAUAUUCGAAGCGAGAGAAAAAAAGCGGAAGUACAAGACCUAUUGGAUGAAUUGGUAUCAAGAAUCGAGAAAAGUUUGUCGACAAUCUCGGUACCCGAAAUUUUUGUCGAUUAUGACAAAAUCCAAGCACAAAAUCGAGCAUUAAAGAAGUCACUUGAUUACGAAUUAGAAUAUAUAAAUCAAAAGGAAAAAGAACUUGAAUGUAUAUCAUCUGACAGAAAAGCAGUUGAAUCAAGAAAUAAGAAACUUCAACAGUCCAAAGAAUAUAAAGAACUUGUUGAAAUUGAUGAUGAAUUAAUCAAACAACAUCUUAGGCCAAUAAAAGACCCUUCUUCAUGUUUAUGGAAUUUCAUGGAAGAUGAUGAAUUUUGUGAAAUUAGAGAUUCUAUUAAUUUACAUUUACAAUCAAUUGGGAAAAAUAUUAAACCAUUAGAUAGAUUAUCUGAUGAAAUAUAUAAUGCAGAGAUUAAUUUAAUAGAAAUGAUGAGAAAAGUUGGAUUAAAAGAUAAAUUGGAUGAAAAACUUUGUGUUUAA